CACAGCUCUAUACCAUGCUCCAAUAUUCAGAGGUCGUAGAAGACAUGGCCCAGUAACGUGUUACCGUGGCGUUUUUAUUUGUACACAACAAUUAAAAACUGAUUAAUCCAUGGCCCAAAGUAUCUAGUGCUACUUCCGUAGAAUAGAAAAGGGGUAAUUCUGGCGUUAAGUCUUUAUUCUAUCCAUUCACAUACAGCAGAUUUGAUUCUUGCCAGGACAUCUUGCUACCAGUCAAAAAACGGCACGGACAUUGACAUUAUCAGAAAUUCCCGAACGUUAAAAAGGUCUUCUAACCCUCAAAGUACUGUAUUUAGCAGAAACAGAGGCAAAGCGUCAAAGGAAUAUAAUUUUCCCAGUGAGCCUCAAUAGCAAGCAUAAACAUGCAGAUCGCAGAAAGCUAUAUAAAGCGGCGCGAGUUAAAAGCGCAUCCAUUUUCUUUUUUCCAAUAUCCAUUUUUUGAAGGACCUGUAGUUUGUAAAUCUUGCUUGAUAUGCUUUCUCACCAACAAAUCAUGUCGCGACGUGCCCCGAUGCCGUCCACAUCAUCGUCCAGCAGCAGCGCUAACGGCAACAACGGUGCUGCAAACAAUGGUAAAACUGACGUUCAGCAUCAAAGGGCGCUUUCGCAGAUUCAAGCAAUUCAAACCGAAUCUGGUGAAGCUGGGCUUCUACGGGCGUUGCAAGCGCUCGUUUCAAACGUUCGUGAGGCGAGCGCUCAAGGCGACGACACGAAAAAGAACUUGAAAGACAUUCUUCGAAAAGCGUUGGGAGGGCAGGCAAAUACCACAAAUACGGAUCCAUUUGAGUCUACGCCAUCCCAUGAGCCGGAAGGGAUCAACUGGACACUAGGCGCAAUCAUCAAGAACUUGGAAGCGAUCACAGGUCUCAAUUCGACUAAUACCAAGGCAAUCAAAGAACUAUUGGGACUGCCACUCAAACAGCAGUUCAGACUAAUUAGCGCCAUUGUCGAGAGACUUCUAGGCACACAUGCACCCGUAAACGACCGUCACAAUACAUUUGAAGCUACCAUGAAGAUUUUAGGUACCAUGGGACCAGAGCAAGACGAACUUAUCUACUCGUUAUCACAACCGCUUCUUGAGCAGUUUCACAAUGACAUUCCCAAACCUUAUGUCAAUUAUGUCGGACACAACUUCCGGACGGCAGACGGUAGUUAUAACAGCUUAUUAUUCCCUGACGUUGGAAGAUCCGGAAGUAACUACGUUCGUACAGUAACGUCCAAAGGCCCUAUAAAUGCAAAGUUACCUGAACCAUCUGAAGUUUUCAACCGCCUUAUGAAGCGGAAAGAGUUCACUCCUCAUAAAGGCGGGAUCAAUAUGCUCUUCUUUUAUUUUGCUAUCAUAAUCACCCAUGAGCUGUUUUAUACGUCUCCUAACAAUCCAAGAAUGAACCUCACAACAAGUUAUGCAGACCAGUCUAUCCUGUACGGCUUUAAUCGAACAGAUCAAGAAUCAGUACGACAGAUGAAAGACGGGUUAAUAAAACCAGAUCAUUGGUUUGAUUCGCGUCUCGUCAUUCAGCCACCAGGUGUUGGUGCAAUGCUGAUACUUUUCUCGCGGAAUCACAAUUAUAUUGCAAAAACUUUGUUGGAAAAGAAUGAAGGCGGCCGAUUCUCCUAUGGGCCGGGCAAGCUUUUAGCUACCGAAAAGGAUCAAGACGAAGAACUAUUCCAAACAGCAAGACUUAUCAAUAACGCAUGCUUUUUCAAGGUGAUUGAACAGGAAUAUGCACGGGCAAUUCUGGGAGUGAGACAAGACGCGUACUUUACCCUCGAUGUGUUGGGCAGUCCUCCCACUCCUAUGUACGGCAACGCAGUCUCAAUCGAGUUUAACAGCACAUACCGCUGGCAUCAAGCCCUUGGCGAAGAAGACGCAGCAUGGGCAGAUUCGGUCAUCAGCACGUUGGCAGGUCCCAUGCGUGAUUGGGCCAUGAAGAACAGUGGGCAGCUGAAACAAGACCCCUCAACACAGGCCAAUGACGAAACGAAGGGAACAGACGAAGGUCGCUUUGAAGCGUUGAUUCCAGCAUUUAAUGAGCACUUUGUUCAUGCUUCCCCCGAGGAACUUGCUCUCGGUUUACCUAUUGCAGGCAUUCAUCGCGACAUGAAGACUGGCCAAUUCUCUGACUUUGAUUUGGCCAAAUGUCUUCGCCGUGGUUAUAACCAAAUCGCGUGUGAGGUCGGCAAUGGUCUCAAGGUUCCGGCUAGUUUCGAGCAUAUUGAAAUCGCCGGUAUUAUCCAGUCUCGACUUCUCAGAACUUGCACGUUUAAUGAAUUCCGACGCUACUUUAACUUGACACCACUUUCCUCGUUCGAGGAUUUCAGUGAAAUCCCUGAAGUGCAAAAAACGCUGGAAGAGCUGUAUGGUACUCCUGAUCAGGUCGAGCUAUAUACAGGAGUCAAUGUGGAGCGAUGCAAAGUGACCGGCUUGCGCUUGCCGUAUACGAUCGGACGCGCCAUAUUGGCGGAUGCCAUCAACUUAAUCCGUAACGAUCGCAUCAACGUCGAGGAAUACACACCCACUGGCCUGACAAACUGGGGUUACGAGUACUCGAUGAGUAAGAAGAAAGGUCGUAUCUUUCCACGAAUGAUCAAUCAGUUGCUGCCUCAUGCAAACGCCAACGGUCAACCUGCUUUCUCAGAGGAAGAGAUGGCCUCAUUUUUCUCUGCGCCAGGUCAUGCCCCUACCUAAACAAGAGAAAUAAUUUAAAUACACACAGUAUAUAUCAUAUAGUUUGCGAAAAAAAACCCAACAAUAGUAUUGCUAUUAUUUCCAUAUAAAUACAAGAAAGCAUUAUUUCAUAG